ACGCGCAUGCGCGGUGCGGGUCACCCGGCUGGCGGCUUCGAUGCGUCCGGCUCGCCGCCAUCUUGAAUCGGGGCUUCAUUGUUCGCGGUGGGCCGAGCAUUUUUCUCUAAUUGCGGCCGAAGGAGCAGGCGAAGAACCCUCCAGCCAAGCGAGGAGGCCCGCUUUUCCGCAGCCAUAGCCGCCCCAACGAUUUGGGAGGUAGCGAAGGGCAGGGAGCUGGACCCUGAGGUGCCGCCGCGACCGCAGCAGCCAUGGAGGACGAGAUGCCCAAGACUCUAUACGUGGGUAACCUUUCCCGAGAUGUGACCGAAGCGCUCAUCCUCCAGCUCUUCAGCCAGAUCGGACCCUGUAAAAACUGCAAGAUGAUUAUGGAUACAGCGGGAAAUGACCCAUACUGUUUUGUGGAGUUCCAUGAGCAUCGUCAUGCAGCUGCAGCGCUGGCUGCUAUGAAUGGGCGGAAGAUAAUGGGUAAGGAAGUCAAAGUGAAUUGGGCAACAACCCCCAGCAGUCAAAAGAAAGAUACAAGCAGUAGUACCGUUGUCAGCACACAGCGUUCACAAGAUCACUUCCAUGUGUUUGUUGGUGACCUCAGCCCAGAAAUCACAACUGAAGACAUCAAAGCAGCUUUCGCACCGUUUGGGAGAAUUUCAGAUGCACGCGUGGUAAAAGACAUGGCUACAGGGAAGUCCAAGGGAUAUGGCUUUGUCUCCUUUUUCAACAAAUGGGAUGCAGAAAAUGCCAUUCAGCAGAUGGGUGGCCAGUGGCUUGGUGGAAGACAAAUCAGAACUAACUGGGCAACCCGAAAGCCUCCAGCUCCAAAGAGUACAUAUGAGUCGAACACCAAACAGCUGUCAUAUGAUGAGGUUGUAAGUCAGUCUAGCCCCAGCAACUGCACUGUGUACUGUGGAGGAGUGACGUCGGGACUGACAGAACAACUAAUGCGUCAGACUUUUUCUCCAUUUGGACAAAUAAUGGAAAUUCGAGUCUUCCCAGAUAAAGGAUAUUCAUUUGUUCGGUUCAAUUCCCAUGAAAGUGCAGCACAUGCGAUUGUUUCCGUUAAUGGUACUACCAUUGAAGGUCAUGUGGUGAAAUGCUAUUGGGGCAAAGAGACUCUUGAUAUGAUAAAUCCCGUGCAGCAGCAGCAAAAUCAAAUUGGAUAUCCACCGGCAUAUGGCCAGUGGGGCCAGUGGUAUGGAAAUGCACAACAGAUUGGCCAGUAUGUGCCUAAUGGUUGGCAAGUACCUGCCUAUGGAAUGUAUGGCCAGCCAUGGAGCCAGCAAGGAUUCAAUCAGACACAGUCUUCUGCACCGUGGAUGGGACCCAAUUACAGUGUGCCGCCUCCUCAAGGACAGAAUGGCAGCAUGCUUCCUAAUCAGCCUGCUGGGUAUCGAGUGGCAGGGUAUGAAACCCAGUGAAAGCAGACUACAGAAUGGAAGCCAGUGGCUUGACGCCACAGGGAGGGUAGGAAAGCUGCUGUUUACUUAAAGAUUUAUCAGAUAAGUCCAUACAAAUGCCAGAUAACAAUGUAUUUAUUUAAAAGGUUUCAUCUUUUAAUCAUGAAAUUACUUUUCAUCCACAUUGUUUUAAAAAGGAACAAGAUGGUGGAUGUCUGCCAAUUUUUGCCUUCAUUAUCUUUUUUGAUAAAGUUUCUCAGAUCCUUGUUUCAAAGACAAAUGCAGGGAUUGCUGCCACUUUUUAAAAAUUAAGAGGCAGAAAAUUGCACAAUGUUGAACUUUUUCCACUAAGGUAGCGUGCAGUUUUAGUUUGCAUUCCUGAUAGGAUUUAAAACAUGUAAUAUAGAUGUAAAAAGAAAAGCCAAACUUGUGCAAAGUCUAGAAGUUCUUUAGAACUUUCAGCGUAUGCACGGUUCUGUGUUAGUUUUAAAGAGUAGGCAUUGUGUGACCUAUAUCAUCUCCACUGUUACCCCUUUGAAAUUUUUAAAUGUAAAUUAUUAGUUUAUAUCAUUUUGUAUCUGCAUUUUUCACAAAUUUGUCCUGCCUUAUGAAAAUUCUGUAAAAUAGUCUUAAAUGAAAAAAAAUGAUGUUCACUUAGAUUGAAAACUUUUCUCAGAUGGACUGAAAAUGACAUUCAUCUUGUUUUUAUAUGAGAAGGUGCCUCAAGGAUCCCCUGUUGGAUUUGUUUAAAGGGAUUUUUAUCUUCUGUGAUAAACUUUGCCAUCUACCAGGAACUAUAAAAACAACAACUUGUGACUAAGGAGACUGCAGUGUGCUAAGUCCUCACCCACAUCAGCUUCAUGUGUCAGCAUCCAUGUUUACAUGUGUUGUUUUCUAAGAUAGUUCCGCAAGUGAUGUUUUGCAGUUAGCAAGCUUUGUGUGUCAUUCCCUUCCUAAAGGUGUCAUGAAGAGUUGGUGUGAGACGGGUUGUAUGUUUGCAUGUGAAUAUCACAUACUUACUUUGAUGGUCUUUGAUACAAACUCAUCUGUUCUUGUUUUUCAAGAAUUUUGAGACACAAAGUUGUAUGUAAAGGAAUAUAUUAAUUUGAUGUUUUCUAUUUAGAUUUACUUAAAGAAGUAAAUCCUCUUUAAUGUGUACAAAUGAUAGCUGUGAAACUGUAGAAUAUUCCUCUGUCAGGCUUGGGAUUCAUUAAGAACUCCAAAAUUAGCCUGAAGGACCAGCCGGGCAAAACAUUUUUUAAAUAUUCAGAGGCCAAAAUAUGAACAAACAAACAAACAAACAAAAACCCUUAAAAUCCUACCUCCUUAAACAGCCGUCAAAGACGAGGCUCCUCAGCACAGGCUUGACUUGGUUCUCUGGUCCGUGAUCUCCAGGAGCUCCGGCAUUAUUUUUGAGGUUUGCUCUUUGAUGGCAUCGUUCUAGCCUUGGGAUUUCUAGUACAUUUCAGAGUCUCUUGGUUUGGUUUGGUUUCAGUGAUGACCACAACCUACUUCUUGACAUCAGAGAGGAAGGAGCCCCUGUGAAUUGUGGGUUUUGAGACCUGCAGAGAGCUCCCCGCAUUUUACUUAGGCCUGUGGAAUUGGAAACAUUUCCUGGCCUGUAUCUUCCAGGGAGGAGCACUUGACUCUAACCUGUUCUCUAAGCCAGUCCUCUUGGAAAGCAGAGCCCAGGAAGACAGCUCAAAAUGUGUGCUUCUCUGGAGCUCAAUUCUAUGCAGUUGUGCUGAUGUCUCAUUAAGUCACUGUGUAUUUUUAAGUACUAGUACAUUGAAAUUUGCUUUAUGAAAGAUGAAUAAAUUUUUUAAAUACUUGAAAAUUUUAUUUCUUUGUAAACUUCUACAGAUCAACACAGGCAAUAAAAGCAGCUUAAAUAAAUUACUUAAAAAAUUUUUUUUAAUUUGAAAAAAAAUAAACCAUACACAUCAGGAAGCUAUUUUGGCCAAUUUUUCUUUUUUUAGCUUUUUUUCUUCUGCCUUUUGUUUCUAUUAUAGUACCCUCAGUAUUUUUCUCUAUUAAAGAAUUUUACUUCCUUUGCAACUCAUAGACCACAGGAUCAUUUGAGCACAAGUAAUUUAUUUUGUGCAAAAGUAUGUUUCUCUCUUCUUUUGACUCAGUACUGAGGACUUUUAUUAGCAGCAUGUUUUUAUUGCACAGAUCUUAAAAUGCACGUUGAUUUACUGUUGAGAAGGUGGUGGUGACGUGUUCCUGAUGAAAGACUGACAUUUUAGGAACAUGGCUGGCAUUGGUUUAAAUUUCAAUGUUCAAUCAUUUAAAUCAUUUUCAACCUAAAGAACUUCAUCCUGGUAUAAGUAUCAGGUAAGGAAAUUAAGGUUUUUAAACUGAACUUCUUUGCAAUAUGCAUUCAAAUUUUACUCUCUGGUACUGUAUAGAAGCUGAGUGACUCCUGGGGGGUCAUGGAGCCAGUGUUCUUUAUCCUGACUGUUUGGAUAUUAAAAUUCCUUUAUGUUUUCUAUGA